AUGUCUCUACCAGAUUACGAGCCAUCAAGCUGGACCACAUCCUCAAACGAGGCCCUCCACGUGUCUCUGGCGGAGCCAGAGGGCGCUUUCACGUUCAACCCCACAUUCACAUACCCGAUCUUCGGAGACUCCGAACAGAUCUUCGGCUACAAGGGCCUCCGGAUCGACCUUGCUUUUGACUGCAAGUCGAUGUACCCGUUUCUCGGCGUCAAGUACGAGACGAAGCUAUCUGAUGAUGUGAAGGAUGUUGAGAAGACGCUGUUGGAGUUUCUUCCUAAGGAAACAGUUGUCAAGGACGAGGCAUUGUGGCUAAACAAGACCGAAGAGGAAAACUUCGAAAUCCCGGGAAAGCCAGUAUACACAUACCAGGUCGAUGGCGAAACGUACAAGAUCUUCAAGUUCAAGCUCAACGACGCAAACGGACUCAAAUUGCACUUGCGAAUCCAGAUCUUCGUCCUGCUGUUCAUCGAGGCCGGCUCCUACAUCGACAGCACCGACGAUGUGUGGGAGAUCUACGCGAUCUAUAAGUGUCCUGAGGAUAAGAAAGAGUCGUUUGUCGGAUUCAGCACAGCCUAUUCCCACUGGAAACACCCAGGAACGGCGGUUCACGAUGCUUCAGAGACUCUGGAGUUACAAUUCCGCAAGAAAAUUAGCCAGUUUAUCGUGCUUCCUCCGUACCAAUCAAAGGGCCACGGGAAAAACCUAUACAAUUGCAUGGUGGACGAAUGGCUUGCAGACGACAAGGUCAAGGAAAUCACUGUGGAGGAUCCCAGCGAAGCGUUUGACGACCUGCGUGACCGUUGCGAUCUGCAGCGACUGAACAGGGCAGACUUUCUUAACGGUGUCAAGCUGCCGAUCGACGAGCCGUGGAUCGAAAAACAGGUUGCGGUGCACAAAAUGGACCGCAGACAGUUCGAGAGAUGCGUGGAAAUGACGCUAUUGUGGAUGUUGCAGAACAAGAAGGGUGGUGUCGAGAACCUGAGCGAAAAGAACGUGCGUUUACAGAUCAAAAAGAGGCUGUAUCUGAAGAACAGAGACGCGUUGGGCGAGCUAGAAAAGGCGGACAAGAUGGACAAACUGCAGACGGCGUACGAGCGACUGCGCGAGGACUACGAGCGGAUUUUGGAGAAGGCCGGUCUUGCGACAGGCGUCAAGAGAGACCAGUUGCACGAGUUGCCCGAUGCAAAGCGCGCAAGGGUGUGA